GGACCCCAAUCCGGCCACAGCCGGCCAGCCCUCGCAGCAGCGCGGAAAAGCGGCAGCGCGCUCCUCUCAUAGCACAGUGCGCAUCUAACUACACAGUCGUGUGACUUUACUCUGACCGGUAAACAUCCUGCGCCAGAAGAUGCACAUAUGGCUGAAGAGGGCAUUCUCACAGAAAACAUUGCUUAAGCGGUUGCCUGUGCUGUCAUGGCUGCCUCGCUACUCCACAGAGGAUGCUGUGGGUGACCUGGUCGCUGGCAUCACCGUUGGACUCACUGUCAUCCCACAGUCACUCGCCUAUGCCAGCAUCGCUGGUCUUCCACCACAGUAUGGGUUGUAUGGCUCAUUCAUGGGCUGCUUCCUGUACAUAUUGUUUGGCAGUUGCAAGGAUGUGCCCAUGGGCCCUUCUGCAGUCAUCUCUCUGCUGACAUUUCAGUCAGUGCACAGCAUGGGUCCCGAGCAUGCCGUACUUCUUUGCUUCCUCACCGGAGCCGUCCAAGUCGUCAUGGGGAUCCUGGGACUUGGUUUCGUUAUUGACUUCAUAUCUGGACCAGUGUCAUCAGGUUUCACAUCAGCAGCUGCUCUCAUGAUUGUAACAUCACAGAUGAAGGAUCUGUUGGGAAUCACAGCAGAAGGCAGUACUUUCAUUGAAGUAUGGAGAAGUCUUUUCCACAACAUGCAUAACACAAAACUCUAUGACAGUGUUUUGGGUACUGUUUGCAUUGUGGUGCUGCUAUUGAUGAGGGUACUGGCGAAUUUUAAAAUAGGACCAAAAGAAGAUGAAAACAAGACAACCACCCACAGGAUUCUAAAUAAAGCUAUCUGGCUUAUUGGGACGUCUCGUAAUGCUAUCCUCAUGGUUAUAUGUGGCAUCAUAGGACAUCAGCUAUCACUCUCAGGAGACUCACCUCUUAACCUAAUAGGUCCCAUACCUCCUGGACUUCCACUUUUUCAGUUACCACCAUUUACUGUGACUUUAGAGACAGCAAAUUCCACAGUCACAUAUUCAUUUGUUGAGAUGUGUUCAAACCUUGGGUCUGGAAUUUUUGUUGUACCUCUUGUAGCACUACUGGAAAAUAUUGCUGUCUGCAAGGCAUUCUCUAAUGGUAACCCUACAGAUGCCACACAAGAACUACUUGCCAUUGGUAUUUCCAAUAUUGGUAACUCAUUUGUCCAAGGUUUCCCAGGAACUGGAGCUCUAGCUCGUAGUGCUGUUAACAAUUCCAGUGGAGUUAGGACAACACUUGGAGGGCUUUACACAGGACUUCUGGUGAUUUUAUCUCUUCUUUUUUUUGCUGAUUAUUUCUACUUUAUACCAAAAUCAAGUCUUGCUGCCAUAAUCAUAGCUGCUGUGAUAUUUAUGGUAGAAGUCAAAGUUGUGGUCCCAAUCUGGAAGACAAAGAAAAAUGAUCUUAUUCCUGGAUUUGCAACACUUUUUGCCUGCCUGAUACUGCAACUGGAACUGGGCAUCCUCGUGGGAAUUGGCUUGAAUGUACUAUUCAUUCUUUAUAAUGUUGCACGCCCAAAAAUAACAAUUGAGACAAAGAAAACUGUAGAGGGCACUGACUACCUAGAGCUUACUCCGGAUAGGUGUCUUAUUUUUCCUUCUGUUGAAUAUGUACGCAACCUGGUGGUGAAGCAAAGCAUGAGGAAUGAUAUGCCUGUUGUAAUUAACUGUUCACAUGUAUUUGUAUCAGACUACACUGCAGCCAAGGUGGUUGACUGCCUUACACUUGACUUUAGUAAGAGACAACAGCCACUUUUCUUCUAUAAACUAAAGCCAAGCAUAGUUAAGAUGUUCCAAGGACUACAUCCAACAGAAUUUGUUGAUUAUCAUGAUGAGAAGGAACUGGAGAGUCUUAUCAGAGCACACAAAAAGGACAUGGCUACACAAAAUGGUAUUUCUGAACCCAGUUUUGUUAGCAGUGGAUGAUUGCUACAAAGAAGCCUACAACAAUCAUCACGAACUUGAAAAUGGUGCUUCCUCAAGUGCAAAUGAUUAAAUAUGAAUCAGUAUAAUACUUCAGCAAAUGACAUUAGCAAAAUGUGUGCCAUAACUGAAGACAUAUUUAUAUUAGUGCUAGUGCAAUACAUAGGAACUGAUUUUCAACACAACUGAA